CUGUGUGUUACGGCUUUCCUGGGACUGGUUGUAGGUGCCAUUUUCUUUGGACUUAAAGAAGACUCUGCCGGACUACAGAACAGAGUGGGUGCAAUGUUCUUUCUGACCACCAACCAGUGUUUCAGCAGCAUCUCAGCUAUUGAACUCUUUGUUGGGGAAAAAAAGAUAUUUACACAUGAAUAUAUCAGUGGGUACUACAGGACAUCUGCAUAUUUCAUCUCAAAGCUAAUGGUUGAUUUAAUACCCAUGAGGACUAUACCAAGCAUCAUCUUCACCUGUAUAAUUUACUUCAUGUUAGGUUUGAAACCAACAGCAGAAGCCUUCUUGACGAUGAUGUUCACCCUUACAAUGGUGUCCUACACGGCCACUUCCAUGGCACUAGCCAUUGCAGCAGGACAGAGCGUGGUUGCUGUAGCAAACCUGCUGAUGACUAUCGCGUUUGUUUUUAUGAUUAUUUUCUCUGGGUUGCUGGUCAAUCUCACAAGCAUCAUGUCCUGGCUCUCCUGGCUCAAAUACUUUAGUAUCCCUCGAUACGCCAUGACAGCUUUACAAAUCAAUGAAUUGACUGGUCUGAAUUUUUGCAGCAGCAGCAGCAACACCACAGAUGUAAUCAGCAACGAUAACUAUCAACAGAGAAGCCGGCCGUGGUGUACCGGAGAUGAAUAUCUGAAAAAUCAAGGUAUUGAUGCGAGUUGCUGGGGCCUGUGGCAGAACCACCUGGCUCUCGCCUGCAUGACAGUAAUAUUCCUCACCAUUGCCUACCUGAAACUGCACUUCAUGAAGAAGUUCUCUUAA